CAUCGAGUUCGAUAUUAUAAAUAAAAUCAAUAACCCAAACAUUAAUCGAUAAUAAACAUGAACAUUCCGUUCCCAGACACAAACCAAAGUCAAUACGAACAUUCCAUUCCCAGAGAAUGAGAAAUUAAACAUAAAACAAUCCCAGUAGAUAACGAUUCAUUUCAGACAGAAUAAAAGGGAAUGGAAUCAAAUCAAACGUUCAGUUCAGUUCUAGGUUUCAGUGAAGUGAAGUAGUGUAAUCUAAGUGUAGUUUUAAGUGUGAUAGAAAAUAAAUAUUUUUUUUAUGAAAAAAUAAGAAAAAUAGUUUAACUGGCGCCCGAAUAGGGACCAGCGUGUUAAAAAAUAAGUUUAAUCACAACGUUAAGAGUGAAGUGAUAAACAAGAAAGAACUCCUAACCGCUACAAGCAGCCGUGUGGAGGAAGGCUCCAUUAGUAGCGCAACGCAAAAAGGAAAAAAGUCGCCACACCGGGAAGGAUUUCUAAGCACGUUGGUCCCCUACAUGAGAUGUCAGCCGUUAGAAGCUUCGACACAUUAAGGAUAUUUCUGAAAAGAUGGGACAGCGUAGGUACAGUCAUCAAAUGGAUAGCAGGAACUCCAGAUGCAGACGACCUGAGAAUCAUCAAUGGAACCAUGAACAAACUAAUUACCAACAACAACCAGCAAUUCCUAUUUAAUGAAGCACUUAACUCCAGAGUCAUUCAUCUUACCAACAUUACAAAUGAGUUACUACAGCUGGACUACAAAUCAAAACAACAACAUACCAUCGAAAUUAAUCUUCUAACUAUUAUACUCAACAUUGAUGCCAUUCAACACCAAUUAGAAGUCCUUGAAGAUGCCAUACUAUUAGCGAAAAACGGUAUUCCAAGCAGCCAAAUAUUCUCGAUUAAAGAUUUCAGGAGAAUCCGAACUUUCCUCAAACAACAACAAAUAUUUGUCUCAUCGUUUGAAGACUUAUUAACGAGAGCAGUAGCAAAAAUCGCUGUAAAUGACACUCAAUUUAUCUACAUACUACAAAUUCCACAACUUUCAACGGAUAUUUUCGACUAUGAAUUUGUAGAUCCUUUGAUUAUCAAUGAAAGAAGAAUCCACAUCCAAUCUAAUUACGUCAUCAAAAAUAAAACUCAUGUUUUCGAAACUCUGACCCAAUGCAAAGAGGAAAAUGAGUUGUACCUAUGCGAAUCUGAAGCAUUGAAACCUACUAGUCAAUGCAUAAGUAAUAUUAUCAACCUUCAACAUGCAAAUUGCACUUAUGAAAAGGUUUAUGACAACGGAAUUAUAAAAAGAAUCAACGAAGCAACAUUACUUUUGAAUAAUGUGAAUGUAACCCUUCAAUCUAAUUGCAGCAAUAAUACACAACGAUUAGAAGGAUCAUACUUAAUAAAUUUCGAUCAAUGCGAAAUCUUUAUUGAUAACAUCCAAUAUCUAAACACAAUGAUGGAAACAACAAAAAAGUCAUUCAGACCAACAACAGGAAUACUCGCUAACGAAAACAACAUAGUUGAUCUUCCACCACCAGAAGUUUUAGCUAACUUGACAAUUAAACAUAGGUCAAUGCUAAAACAUGUAUAUCUACAAAAUGAAUCAUUCAAAUGGAAGAUUCACAUUUUUGGAUCAAUGAGCAUUUUAACUCUUUGCUUAAUUAUAGGAACAAUUGGUUUGUACGCAAUCAGAAGAAGAACACAUAAAAAUACAUCAGUAGAAAUCAAGCUUCUCAACAGAAUACCAACAGCGCCUAAGGAAAAUCUACAAAAAUCAGCAGAUAUCUCUGACGAAAGAAUACCAACGGCACCGAAGGAAAAUCUACCAAAAUCACCAUACCCAGAUGUCUCCGAUGAAAGGUUCCAAGAAAUCGUAACAUACUUCAAUACGCCAACGUCUUCCAGACCAAUCAGACUUUGAGGACAAAGUCAUUUAGGAGGGGAGGAGUUACCGCAUAGAAGCUACCACGCGCCCAUCCAUCGAGUUCGAUAUUAUAAAUAAAAUCAAUAACCCAAACAUUAAUCGAUAAUAAACAUGAACAUUCCGUUCCCAGACACAAACCAAAGUCAAUACGAACAUUCCAUUCCCAGAGAAUGAGAAAUUAAACAUAAAACAAUCCCAGUAGAUAACGAUUCAUUUCAGACAGAAUAAAAGGGAAUGGAAUCAAAUCAAACGUUCAGUUCAGUUCUAGGUUUCAGUGAAGUGAAGUAGUGUAAUCUAAGUGUAGUUUU